UACCGUCCAAACAUGGCAACCCACGAAGCAGACUUAGAAGCCGGUGCUGGCUUUUGUGGGAAAAUGUGGAUGUUGUGUGCUGCACUGCUGGCUCUGGGCUCUGUCCAAUGUUUCAGUAGGGACUCAAAAGCUGUCACAACAACACUGACCACUAAAUGGCCCUCUACACCACUCCUGCUAGAGGCCAGUGAGUUCCUUGCUGAAGAGAGUCAGGACAAAUUCUGGGACUUUGUGGAAGCCAAUCAAAAUAUUGAAAGUGACCGUGAUGACACGGAUCUAGCAUACUACGAUCUGAUCCUGAAGAGAGCCAGUGUGCUGCUGAGCCCAGUCCAGCUAAACCUGCUGAAGUUGGCUUUGUCUCUGAGGGCCUACUCAUCCACCGUCCAUUCCUUCCAGCAGAUCGCCUCUAAUGAGCCUCCUCCACCUGGCUGUAAAGCGUUCUUCAAUAUACAUGGACAGACGUCUUGUGAUACAGAAAGACUUAAAGUCAUGCUGGAUAAUGCAGUAGAACGGCCCAAGCCUUACCUGUUCAAAGGCGAUCACAAAUUCCCCUCAGCCAAUCCCGAUGCACCGGUUGUGAUUCUUUAUGCCGAGCUGGGCACCAAAGAAUUCACCAGAUUCCAUCAGCUGAUGCUGGCCAAAGCCAACAAAGACUUGAUCACUUACGUUUUACGCCACUUUCUGUCUAACCCCAGCAAAGGUAGAGUGCACCUGUCUGGAUAUGGAGUGGAACUGGCCAUCAAAAACCAAGAGUACAAAGCCAAAGAUGACACACAAGUUCAAGCUGGAGCUGAUGUGAAUGCCACUGUAAUAGGUGAAAACGAUCCUGUGGAUGAAGUCCAGGGCUUUCUAUUUGGCAAACUCAAGACCAUUUAUCCUGAACUUAAGGAACAGCUGAAGGAGCUCCGGAAGCAUUUGAUUGAGAGCACCAAUGAGAUGGCCCCACUUAAAGUCUGGCAGAUGCAAGAUCUCAGCUUUCAGACUGCCGCCCGUAUCCUGGCAGCUCCCUCUGUGGACGCUCUCAAUGUCAUGAGGGAUUUGAGCCAGAACUUCCCAACCAAAGCCAGGUCCAUAACAAAAACGGUUGUUAAUUCAGAGAUCCGGAAGGAGAUUGAGGAAAAUCAAAAGCAUUUUAAAGGGACAUUAGGUCUCCAGCCAGGGGACUCAGCUCUGUUUAUCAAUGGACUCCAUAUUGACCUGGAUGUGCAGGAUAUUUUCAGCGUUUUUGACGUGUUGAGGAAUGAGGCAAGGGUCAUGGAGGGUCUGCGUAGUCUGCUUAUAGACACACCCUACAUCCACGACAUCCUCAAACUUAAUGUUCAGCCUUCAGACUCUGACUAUGCAGUGGACAUCCGCAACCCUGCUGUUAACUGGAUGAAUAACCUGGAGACAGAUGGCCGAUACGCAUCCUGGCCCUCUAAUGUGCAGGAGCUGCUGCGGCCCACCUUUCCAGGAGUCAUUCGACAGAUCCGGAAAAACUUUCAUAAUCUGGUGAUGAUUCUGGAUCCAACCCAUGAGAACAUGGCAGAGCUGAUCAGCGUGGCUGAGAUGUUUUACAGCAACAACAUCCCACUCAGGAGCCAUGGUGCUCCUGCAGGAAAGCAGGUUCAAAUCUGGUCAGUGUCUUGUGCCAUUCUCACCCCUUCAUUUAACUUUUUCAGCAUCUCUCAAGGUGUGUUGGAGAAGAGAUAUCCCUAUGUAGAGAUCAGCAGCAUCCUGGGGCCUGACUCUGCCUACGACAACAACAGAAAAGAGGGAAAGGCAUAUUAUGAGCAGACUGGUGUUGGCCCAUUGCCUGUGGUGUUGUAUAAUGGAAUGCCUUUACAACGUGAGCAGUUAGACCCAGAUGAACUUGAGACAGUCGUCAUGCACAAGAUCCUAGAGACCACCAGUUUUUUUCAGCGCACAGUCUACCUGGGUGAACUGAACAGUGACCAUGAUGUAGUGGAUUUUAUCAUGAAUCAGCCCAAUGUGGUCCCACGAAUCAAUUCCAGAGUCCUGAGCACCAACAGGAAUUAUCUGGACCUUUCUGCCACCAACAAUCAUUUUAUCGACGAAUAUGCACGUUUCCUCUUUCUGGACACCAAAGACAAGAAUGCAGCGGUGGCCAACAGCUUCAAUUACAUGACAAAGAAAGAUGAUGGCAUCAUCCGUCCAGUGACUUUCUGGGUAGUGGGAGACUUUGACCAGCCCUCGGGACGACAGCUGCUGUACGAUGCUAUACGUCACAUGAAAACCAGUAAUAAUGUACGAUUAGGAGUGAUCAAUAAUCCCAGCGAGAACACAUCUAAUGAGAAGAGCCUAAUUGCUCGAGCCAUAUGGGCAGCCAUGCAGACCCAAACCGCCAACAAUGCCAAAAACUUCAUCACCAAAAUGGCUAAAGAAGAGACGGCACAGGCUCUUUACGGAGGGAGUGACAUUGCAGAGUUUGCUGUCGGGGGCAUGGAUGUUCCUCUGUUUAAGAGUGCAUAUGAGUCCCCUAAUGUGAACUUCCUGUUGGCUCACUCUGCCUACUGUCGGGAUGUCCUCAAACUGCAGAAGGGCCAGAGAGCUGUGAUCAGUAAUGGAAGAAUCAUUGGUCCAUUGGAAGAAGGGGAGGUCUUCAACCAGGAUGAUUUCCUGCUUCUGGAAAGCAUUAUCCUAAAGACAUCAGGGGAGCGUAUUAAGGCCAAAAUUCAACAGCUGGGCAUGGUAGAGGACAGAGCUAGUGAUCUGGUGAUGAAGGUGGACGCCCUGCUGUCCUCCCAACCCAAAGGUGAGGCAAGGAUCGAGCACACUUUUGCAGAAGACAGAUACAGCGCUGUAAAGAUCAGACCAAAGGAAGAGGAAGUGUACUUCGAUGUUGUAGCUGUUGUGGAUCCAGUGACCAGAGAUGCUCAGAAACUGGCACCCCUCCUUUUGGUGUUAAAGCAGCUGGUCAACGUCAACCUGCGAGUGUUCAUGAACUGCCAGUCCAAGCUCUCUGACCUCCCACUGAAAAGUUUUUAUCGAUAUGUUUUGGAGCCGGAGGUUUCAUUUAUGGCAGAUAGCAGCUUUGCUCCUGGUCCGAUGGCUAAAUUCUUGGAUAUGCCACAGUCGCUGUUGUUUACCCUCAACCUCAACACCCCCGAGAGCUGGAUGGUUGAGUCUGUCCACACACGCUAUGAUCUAGAUAACAUCUACCUUGAAGAGGUUGACAGUGUCGUGGCCGCUGAGUACGAGUUGGAAUAUUUAUUACUGGAGGGUCAUUGUUUUGACGUAACGACAGGUCAGCCGCCCCGUGGGCUGCAGUUCACUCUGGGCUCUGCCUCCGACCCUGUCAUAGUCGACACCAUCGUCAUGGCCAACCUGGGCUAUUUCCAACUAAAAGCAAACCCAGGAGCUUGGAUUCUCAGACUGCGGAAAGGCAGGUCGGAUGAUAUCUACAAAAUCUACAGUCACGAUGGCACAGACUCUCCAGCUGAAGCUGAUGAUUUAAUCGUCGUCCUCAACAACUUCAAGAGCAAGAUCAUUAAAGUGAAAGUGCAGAAAAAGCCUGAUAUGAUGAAAGAGGAACUUCUUAGUGAUGAUACCCAUGAGAACGACUCUGGAUUCUGGACAUCUAUAACCAGAGGACUUACUGGUGGUUCAAAGCCAGAAGAACCCAAACAGGAGAAAGAUGAUGUCAUUAACAUUUUUUCUGUGGCCUCUGGUCACCUGUAUGAGCGGUUCCUCAGGAUAAUGAUGCUGUCUGUGCUCAAACACACCAAGACACCCGUCAAGUUCUGGUUCCUCAAAAACUACCUGUCUCCUACUUUUAAGGAGUUUAUUCCAUAUAUGGCAGAGAAGUAUGGUUUCCAGUAUGAGUUGGUACAGUAUAAAUGGCCUCGCUGGCUCCACCAGCAGACAGAAAAGCAAAGGAUCAUCUGGGGAUAUAAAAUCCUGUUCCUAGAUGUGCUCUUCCCGCUGGCUGUGGACAAGAUCCUCUUUGUAGAUGCGGAUCAGAUAGUUCGCACAGACCUGAAGGAGCUGCGGGACUUUGAUCUGGAGGGAGCGCCAUACGGUUACACGCCUUUCUGUGAGAGCCGAAGAGAGAUGGAUGGAUACCGUUUCUGGAAGUCUGGCUACUGGGCCAGUCACUUGGCGGGACGGAAAUAUCACAUCAGUGCUCUAUAUGUGGUCGAUUUGAAGAAGUUCAGGAAGAUCGCAGCUGGAGACAGACUGAGAGGCCAGUACCAAGGUCUGAGUCAGGACCCCAACAGCCUGUCCAACCUGGACCAGGAUCUGCCCAACAACAUGAUCCACCAGGUGCCAAUAAAGUCACUUCCUCAGGAGUGGCUUUGGUGUGAGACCUGGUGUGAUGAUGCAUCUAAAAAGAAAGCCAAGACUAUAGAUCUGUGCAAUAAUCCACAGACAAAAGAGCCCAAGCUGCAGGCUGCUGUACGUAUAGUAGCCGAGUGGAGCGACUAUGACCAGGAGAUAAAGAGAAUCUACAACAAUUUCCUGGAGGAGAAAGAGAGAGGCACCACAGACAGCUAUCAGCAAACAGACAAAAAACACCCAGGUGGUGACACACACUCAGAGCUUUGAGCUGAGGCUCUGCGACUGAAGAACAGGGGACUCUGUUCAAAGAGUCAUCUUUUCUUCACCCUUUUUAAACCAAGCCUAUCCUCCAGGAAUGGGUUGACAUUCGUGCUGAACUUGACUUGAACAGAAUUAAUGCAAAAUUCCCUCUUUUUUUUAUCUGAAUGCUUGUGGACGUGUUGGGGUUCUGGGUAAACGACACGAGCAGAGGACAUCUCCUCUAUCCAGCCACUUCUGAUAUAUAACCCCCUACAACACUCUGGGCCUUACAUAUGCCAUAAACAAAACCAGUUCCACUAGAGCAAAACAUUUUUAAAAAACUAGCGCAGUCUCGACUGGUUGAGGUAGUACCAUAGGGAAUAACAUAAUUGAAUGAGAAACUGCAUGUGCGCAAUUUUAAUAUUAAAGCAGAUUUGAUAAAUGUCCCUCUUAGCUGUAACUCGCUCUCAUGAAAAUGAUUAUUAAAUCAUGAAACACGAGAUGCAGACUGUUCAUUUAAAAGCCACCCAUGGUGUUGAAAUGCCACGGCAGCAAAGUGAUGUCAUAAUAGUUCGACUUUAAAGCACAGAUCAUUUCCUGUGACACAUCACAGUUCAGUUAGAGGCUCCAUUUAAAAAUUCAGAUUCAUCUUUUGGUAAGCAAGCCAGCACUAGUCUGGUUUUGUGAUUCUGAAAGUGGUGUUUCCAUACAGCAGGGCAGUUUUACGAAAAUGUUAAAAUCACAUCACUCUUUAAAGAGCACUUAAAAAACCUUUUAACUCCGGAACAAGCUAUUCGGUCGAUUUAGUCACAGCUAAAGAAUUUUUUUCCGUUCCGCAGAAGGAAAUUUUAAUUUACUGAAAAAUCUCUGUGUGCAUUGAAAAGCUCCAGUAGUGUUGUCACAGCCUAAUGUUGGUUCUUGGUUACUCCACAUUAAAAUGAUUCAUAAUGGCAGUCAGUUAAUGAAACUCAGUCAAUGGUCCUUUUAGGCCUACAGGAUUAGAAUGAUGUCUUCAGAAGAUUACGAGGGGGGGAAAAACACCAACUUCCUUCAGAGAAGCUGCUAGCAGGUAAUUACAGGUUGUUGUUUAAAUUUACUUUUUGUUUGUUUUCUUUUAGUAUCACUGGAUUUCAAUAAGUCAUUGAUGUGGUUGCUUUGUCCAUUUCUGUGGUAAUGCUUUUAUAGGUAUGAGAAUGACCACUAAUUUCAAACAUUUGAUCAUAAACCAUGGGCUGGGGCUUUUUUUUUUUUUUUUGCAUUUAAGUAAUAUAGAUAUGUGCACACUUUUCAUCUCUGGUUAUUACCUGGAAAUAUUACAUGGAAAUCGCCAAUAGAUCCCAGAGUCUGUAUAAUGUCAGGUUUUAAAGUGAAAAGAAAAGCGGGGCUUGUACAGUGCCUCGUGCUUCGUUCUGUUUGAGAGGUACAUUACAGUGUCUUGUGGUUUAUCUACUGUUCUUUUAAUGAGUACACUUGAUAUGGGGAAAAAUGACUGAUUUAGUCAAUACUAUGAUGCUUUGGAAUUACUGUAAGAUUAAUUGUGGGAUGACAAUAUUUUGUAAUAAAAGAU